CAACCCAAAACAUUCUAUGAUUCAUUUAAGGCCUUGAGUUCUUUGCAAGUGCUAGUCUUUAACGGCAUGUAUCCGUUACUGCUGUAAUUAAUUUGCAUGGAAAUGCAGAAAAAUACUAGGGUUCAACACAAAUACCAAAGUGUUAAAGACGCGGUGUGCUCGGUAACAAGAUUGUUUUAGGUUCCACUGGUGGUUGUUUGGAUCUGAUGGUUAGCCAGGCAGAAGAGCAACACAGACAUUGCCGUGAGGCAUCCAUUUCCCUUGCUCCUGUGAACAUUUUCAAGGCAGGUGCAGAUGAAGAAAAGGCAGAAACAGCUCGGUUGUCAUCCUUUGUUGGUGCCAUUGCUAUCGGUGACCUGGUCAAGAGCACUCUGGGGCCAAAAGGCAUGGACAAGAUUCUUUUAAGUACUGGGAGAGAUAGCACAGUAACAGUGACCAAUGAUGGUGCAACCAUCCUGAAAGCUAUUGGAGUUGACAACCCAGCUGCCAAGGUCUUGGUUGAUAUGUCAAAGGUUCAAGAUGAUGAAGUUGGUGAUGGAACUACAUCAGUCACAGUGUUGGCAGCUGAAUUACUGAGGGAGGCAGAAUUACUGAUUUCAAAGAAGAUUCAUCCUCAGACCAUCAUUGCAGGCUGGAGAGCAGCCACAAAAGCUUCAAGAGAGGCACUUUUGAAAGCAGCUGUGGAUCAUGGUAAUGAUGAAGUGAAGUUCCGUGAAGAUUUGAUGAACAUUGCGGGAACGACUCUUUCAUCAAAACUACUCACUCAUCAUAAAGAUCACUUUGUCAAGCUAGCUGUAGAAGCUGUUCUUAGGUUGAAAGGUUCUGGUAAUUUGGAGGCUAUCCACGUCAUUAAGAAACUUGGUGGAAGUUUGGCUGAUUCCUACUUAGAUGAAGGCUUUUUACUUGACAAGAAGAUUGGUGUAAAUCAGCCAAAAAGAAUUGAAAAUGCAAAGAUUCUUAUUGCAAAUACUGGUAUGGAUACAGACAAGAUUAAGAUUUUUGGUUCUCGCGUUAGAGUGGACUCUACAGCAAAAGUAGCAGAAAUAGAACAGGCAGAAAAAGAAAAAAUGAAGGAGAAGGUAGAGCGUAUUCUUAAGCAUGGAAUAAACUGCUUUAUUAACAGACAGUUGAUCUACAACUACCCUGAACAGCUCUUCGGAGCUGCUGGCGUCAUGGCUAUUGAACAUGCAGACUUUGCUGGUGUCGAACGUCUGGCUCUUGUUACAGGUGGUGAAAUUGCAUCAACCUUUGAUCACCCUGAGCUAGUAAAACUAGGAAGCUGCAAGCUUAUUGAAGAAGUCAUGAUUGGAGAAGAUAAACUCAUUCAUUUCUCUGGAGUGGCGAUGGGUGAAGCUUGCACCAUAGUUUUGCGUGGAGCAACACAGCAGAUUCUAGAUGAAGCAGAGAGGUCUUUGCAUGAUGCUCUCUGCGUUCUUGCCCAGACAGUGAAGGACACUAGAACUGUGUACGGCGGAGGUUGUUCGGAGAUGCUGAUGGCUAACGUUGCAGAACGUGCCAUCAGAACACCUGUGAAAGAGUCUGUUGCAAUGGAGUCCUUUGCUAAGGCUUUACGAAUGAUCCCAACAAUAAUAGCUGAUAACGCUGGCUAUGACAGUGCAGAUCUGGUUGCUCAGCUCAGAGCUGCUCACAGUGAAGGGAAGACUACUUACGGACUUGAUAUGAAAGAGGGUAUCAUUGGAGACAUGGCAGUCUUGGGAGUAACAGAAAGUUUCCAAGUGAAGAGACAAGUUUUGCUGAGUGCAGCUGAAGCAGCAGAAAUGAUUCUUCGUGUAGAUGACAUCAUUAAAGCAGCACCAAGAAAACGUGUACCAGACCAUCGCCCAUGUUAAAUUUUCUUCAGUAGAUGAGGACACGUGGACCAGGUCUCACCUAGCAAUUUUUGUAAUGAUCUGAUUUUUGUGAGGUUAUGGAACAGAAGCUUGAGACAAGCAUCUCCAUCAAUGGCAUGAAAUCACUGUCUUCAGUUGGUUUUAACUUAUUUCAGUUUAUAUGUGUUGUGGGGAAGAUUCACUUUCAAGUAAAACAGGGGGUUAAUACAACCCCGUUCCUUCUGUUCCUCUCCAGGUUCCACUUAAGAUACACAGAAAUAAUAAUAAAAAAUAAAUUUAAAUCCAUCAAAGAUGUAUUUGUGUAGAACAGAGAAGGGCAGUCUCAUUAGAAGAGCUGCGGUGCGUGUCCUCAGGCACUUCAGGCGAUGAUGGGGCAGUCGGGGCUGCGGACAGCCCCUCCGGCCUUUGCGGCUUCGGCUUGACGUGGCGCACGUAGCGCGAGCCGUUUGUUCCAGUCCUGGCUGUACAGGUUUUGAGUUGGGAUCCUAGAGCUGGGCUCUGAAGUUAAAUGUUACCCUUUUCUAGUGAUAGUGGAGUAUUACUCAUUUUUUGAUGAUGAAAGGAAGAGAAAAAAGUUGAAGAGGAACCUUGGUCGAUGCCCAGAACUACAACUUAAGGGAUUUUACAGCUUUUUACACCACAAAUUUUAUGUAGAUAGGAGUUCUGCUGAGGGGGGUUGAGAGGAAGAUGCGGUUUGGGAAAGAGAUCGGCAUCCUGGGCCAAAGGGUCUGUGUGUUUGGCUAUGAAAUACCAGACUCAGGCUGGCUUUAUGGACACCUGUUAGUGUGAUAGUGGAAAACGCACCAGGCUGCUCUGCGUUCCCACUUUCUUGCCCCCUCUCUCAUGUCUCGUGCAGCCUAUCUUUAUAUUCUCCUAGCCCAGUAGUUGCUGCAAAGGCAAUGUGUUUCUUAAUUGGACUAGUUUCUGCUCAGGUCAUAGGGAAGUCCCUGGUGCCUGCAGCAGUCA